AUGUUUCAUCCUUCCCGAGUUCUAUUAUCCACCUUGACUCUCUGUAGCAACCAUAAACGAACAUGGAAAGUCUUUUGGGACUUGCAAUGUCCGUUUGCCCGCAAGAACUUUUACCAACUCCCCGAGUUGAAACAGCACUUUUCGGACGAAUUUGACAUCUCCGUGCACUUGACGAGCCUUGCCUUUCACCCGCAAGCCUUUGUGGGUCAAAGAGCUGCGAAAGUAAUUGAGAAGAACCUGGGCGAAGAAAAGAAAUUCGAUUUUAUCAACGCUUGCAUGGAUCAACAAGAUUUAUAUACCAACGAUGCCGUUGGAGAUUAUCGAAAAUCAGAAAUUGAAAACAUCUUUGCCAACAUUGCAGUCGAAGCUGGAAUCUCCAUUCCCACGUUGAUAGAACAAAUGAAUGACUGGGAUUUGGUAAAAGAAAGCUAUGCCGAACACAAAGUAGCACUGGGCUAUGGUGUUUUUGGAACACCAAAGCAUGUGAUUGAUGAGAAACUGGUCGCUGAUACAGAGAGUGAUUGGGGUGUCGACGAGUGGAAACAAAAGAUAGAAGAAAUAAAUGGUACUGGUCAGUGA